CUUUACCCACCCUCCCACAUUUCAAAGUCAAUAAAUACCACUUUUCCACUCAUUUCCGGAUCACUGAACGGCCAACGCCGUCGAGCAUCGCCACCACCUCCGCUGUCUUCACUAGUAUCGGAAAGAGCGGCUUAAAUUCAAGAAGCAUGGAUCAUGAGAUUCAAGCAAAGCUACUUAGACGUGAUGAUGAAGAAGAAGGCGACUUGAAAGGAAGAAUAUGGAAUGAAUCCAGAAAGAUCUGGAGGGUUGCAUUACCAAGUGUUAUAUCAAGAGUUUGCGCAUUUGGAACGAUUGUUGUCACACAAUCAUUCGUCGGCCACAUCAGCGAUUUAGAUCUUGCAGGUUAUGCCCUUGUCCAAACACUAAGUGUCCGAUUCGUCAAUGGAAUUCUUUUAGGAAUGUCGAGUGCAACCGAAACUCUUUGUGGACAAGCCUUUGGAGCUGGUCAACACCACAUGAUGGGCAUCUACUUACAACGAUCAUGGAUAAUCGAUUUAAUCUCUCUAACUGUCCUCAUCCCAAUUUUCAUCUUCGCUACACAAAUCUUUAAAUUUUUAGGCGAAAACGAAUUCGUAGCAAAAAGCAGUGGACACAUUUCUCUAUGGUUCAUCCCUUUCGUCUACAAUUUCGUGUUUAGCCUCACAAUACAAAUGUACCUACAAGCACAAUUGAAGAACAUGGUGAUUGCAUGGCUUUCGAUUUUUCAAUUCGGGAUUCAUAUUCCUUUGUCGUUGCUUUUCGUGUAUAAGUUGAACCUCGGAGUUGGCGGGGCUAUGAUUGCUUUAUCUAUGUCUUCGUGGUUACUUGUGAUCGGAGAGUUUGUUUAUAUAUUUGGUGGUUGGUGUCCUUAUUCUUGGAGGGGGUUUACAUCAACUGUUUUUAAGGAUCUUUUUCCUGUCGUGAAACUUUCAAUAUCUUCUGGUGUUAUGGUUUGCUUGGAGUUAUGGUACAAUGCUGUGCUAGUCUUGUUAGCAGGGUACAUGGAGAAUGCAGAGGUUUCAAUAUCCGCCUUCUCAAUAUGCCUCAACAUUAAUGUAUGGGAGUUCAUGAUCAGUCUUGGUUUCUUAGGGGCUGCAUGUGUCCGUGUUGCAAAUGAAUUAGGGAGAGGAAAUGCGAAAGCAACGAAGUUUUCGAUUAAAGUUUUGUUGGGAACUUCUAUUGCAAUUGGAGUCUUUUUCUUCAUUCUUUGCUUAACUUUCGGAAAAAAACUCGCCUACUUAUUUACAGACGAUGAAAUAAUCGCAGAUAUCGUAUCAGACCUUUCUUUGCUCCUUUCGUUCUCAGUUUUACUCAAUAGCAUUUCCCCUGUUCUCUCAGGGGUGGCGAUUGGAGCGGGAAUGCAGGGUACGGUAGCGAUUGUGAACUUUGUUUGCUUCUAUUUGAUUGGUAUUCCAGCGGGAGCUUUGCUUGGUUACACGACAAACCUCAAAGUAAAGGGUAUAUGGAUUGGAAUGAUUGGUGGUGUUGUGACACAAACACUUGCGCUUAUUUAUAUGGUAUGGACAACCGAUUGGGAUGAUCAGGUUAAGCGGGCUUCAGAUCGGUUAAGUCGGUUUUACGUGAAGACCUCUGAUAAUAAGGAAAUUCGUUAGGAAAAGUUUGGAGAAGGUUAACUUUUUGGUAUUAAAUGUAAGGUGUUUUCGUAGGAGGUGUUAAAUGAAUAAGUUAUCUUUCUCGUCAUGAUCCAUUACUUUCAUUUGAAGUGGGGAAUGACAAUAACAAAUUGUAAGUCGUACCAUUUGAGUGACCCAUAUCAACCUGCCCUAGAACCAUAUGAGAAGUCAAUGAAGGAACACUAGUAAUAUUUUGGAUGUGCCAAGGUUUCAAUCCUAAACUUACUAUAUAAAAUUUCACUUCUCAACCA